CGCGGGCUGGGCGGCGGCCGGGGUAUAUAAGGCGCCGCCCCACGCCGCCAGCACCAGCCUCACCUGGAGCGCAGCGGGACGGGACGGGGCAGCGGCAUCAGGUCUCGCAGGCAAAAUGUGCGACAAGCCAGACCUCUCGGAGGUGGAGAAAUUCGACAAGAAGAAGCUGAAGAAAACCAACACGGAGGAGAAGAACACGCUGCCCUCCAAGGAGACUAUUGAACAGGAGAAGGAAUGUGUGAAGUCUUCCUAGAGCAAGAUGGCCUGACAGGAAGAGCUACCAUUUGAUUUUUUUGCUUUGAAUCAAAUAAUUUUUUUUUUAUUAUUUACAUCAUGUACAUGUAUAGAAAACAGCUGCAUCACUUAACCCACUGUCCCACCUUGCUGGCAGCUUUGGCCAGUGGGGGGAACAAAGCGUGGCCCUCUCAGUCCCUCAGUAGCCUGACCCAACCCCAUCUCUGCUGCUCAGCUGACUCCUCUUGACAGCACUGAUCUUGCUCAAAUGCAGUGGGGGGAUGAGCAAGGGCUAUGGAGGCUCCUGGGCAUGGACCCCUUCUUCCUGGGGGAGUGGGGAUCCUUUCUGGCCUGGCCCGUGGCCUGGGUCUGUCUCACAUACUCUUCACUGACAGUGUUCUGUAGCCUCACUCACAGUUUUUUGUCUUCCUUGGGGGAAAAAUGAGAAGUUUAUUAUAAAAUAAAAAAUGUAAUAACCUA